UAACAAAAACACCGGCGGCUAAGUUCUUACUUAACAGCUUAGACUAAUGAUUUGAUAUUUCGAACGGAACUUGUUCACAGAUCCUAAGCGACACGCCCCCCUCCCUUUGUCGGUUGCCGACGGCGGUAGUCUUUGUUCGGUUCAUCAGAAAAAAAUCGCCAACAGAGCAUAAAGACGGUGAGUUCCCACUUUCCGAUGAAACAUUUGUCACCCCACUUUGUCGUUAACUGUAACAAUCAAUUCCUCGGAAACCGACGGCUGUUUUCUGACAUUCACUUUUGUCUGACGCCGUGAAAUUUCUCCCCAGCUUUGAUCCUCUCGUCUUUAUUGGCUUUGGGAUCCUUAGAACUGAUUGCCCUUUGUUUACUUAACACCCAAGCUUCCUGCUUCAUCUCCGUAUCUGAGCAACUCAAUUAUCUGCGAAAAUCCAGGGCUAAUUCGUUUACUAGUGGAGCUGAAUUUCUCUCGGGAUUUUGAGUUCUUCAAAUUGUGAUGGUUUCCUGUGCAAUUUCUUCAUGGACCUUAACGGGUCUUGUAAGAUCUUUUCUUGAUCUUACUCUGGCUUAUUUCCUUCUGUGCGGAUCAACCUUGGGUUAUUUUGCUUGGAAAUACUGUGAUGUUUUUGGUAUUCACUUACCCUGUCUUUGUUCUGGGUGUUUUGGGUACCAAAAUAGAAACCUCUGCUGGCAUAACCUGCUUAUUCAAUGGCCAAGAAGAAAGAUAUGCUCUGUUCAAAAUCUGGCUUUGAAUAGAGUCCCUUUCGACUUGGUUUCGUUCAACGAUCGAGAGUUGAAUUCAAAUGAUGUAAAAUUUGGCAUUGAAGUCAUUGAAUUGGGAGGGAAAGUAUGUUCUACUUCACUUUCAGGUGUAAGAUUGGAAACUGUGGUGGACAAUGAUAAUGGAUAUAAUACCAAAGGAAAACUAGCCAUGAAUCAGAAGCAGAAACCGGGAGCUCGGACUGCUUUCGGUAAUGGAAAACUUUCUCCGGUAUUGUUGUCUGAUAGUUUCCCACCUUCAACUGUUGCAGGUGUUUCAUGUUCUUCGUAUAGUAGCGGUGGUGAAAUAAGAAGUGAAAUUAAGGAUAAUUUCGGUUCAGUUGCUGAAAUUGAUGAGAGCUUACCUGAUGAUAAAAAUACUCAAACUGGCACGGAUCUAGGUGAGACAAGCUGGCAUGGUUUUGGAUUGAGCAGUGGAGAGGAAAAGGGAUCAAAUUUGACGAAAAAAUCAACUUGUAUCAACACUAAUGAGAAAUCAGUGUUUAUUGGAGGUGAAGCAGAUCGGAUCAGAAUGUUGGAACAAGCUCUUGAAAAAAAGAAAGCUAAACUUGCUGCUGUAUACCUGGAGUUGGAGAAAGAAAGGGCUGCUUCCGCUUCAGCUGCUGAUGAGACCAUGGCGAUGAUUUUGCGGCUACAAGAGGAUAAGGCUUCUAUACAAAUGGAAGCAAGGCAAUAUAAAAGGAUGAUGGAAGAAAAAAUUGCUUAUGACGAUGAAGAGAUGAACAUUCUGAACGAGAUGCUUGUUAGGAGGGAGAAGGAGAAUCACCUAUUGGAGAGAGAACUAGAAGCUUACUGGCUAAGAGACAAGCCGGAGGAAUGUAAAUUUAGUUAUACUUUGAAUAAUGAGGAACAACAACCUUCGAUUCGACUUGGCCGAGGUGAAGAUCCACUGGUGAUGGUGAAACAGGCGGGGAAUACGGGAUUGAGUGACGAGAAGGAAGUUGGAACAGUGGAUCAUGAUGACAUAGCCUCCCAAGAAAUUGCAACCAAAACGGUCCAAGGCAUUGAGAAGACUUCUUUAGCUGCAGAAGAGGAGCUCAAGAAGAAUGCGGAUUUUGGCAAGCCACUAGACUGUAACGUACAACAUCCCAUGUCUGAUGUAGAACCAGCUAUCUAUGAUGUCCAUGUUGUUGAUGAUAAAUUAGACAUUCCGGAGAACUCAAAAGAAAGUAAAACACCACCCGAUUCUGCUUUAGAACACAAAACCUCUAUAUAUAAAUUUCGCAGAACUUUCUCUGGGGUCAGUAAUGAAAUGUUGGCCAUUGGUGGUGAAAUCGAAGGACUUAGGGAACGGUUACAGAUUGUGCGAGGAGAAAAAGUGAAGCUUACUUUCUCAUCGGAACAGUGGAAAAUGGUUGAUACCCAUUUGAAACAUAUCGAGGACCUGGUGAACCAGCUUCGGGAUUUUCAGUGGCUGAAGGAUCCUGUUCGACAGGCUUCUUUACCUCCUUUGCUUACAUCUCCCAAGGUCGGCUCCAACAGGAGAUGCUGCCGGAGCGUAUCGGACGAAAUCGAAGAUGGUGCCUAAAGCCACCCCAUGUACAGUAGCCUGUCGAAUCCGGGAAGAAAAUCGCUCCUUCUUGCUCGUCUUUAGGUUUGUGUCGAGUCUCUUUUUCAAACAAUUUGUUUAUUGAAACUGUAAAGUCCAUAAAGAAGGUAGUUGAAUCAGAAAUUGUACGCAAAACUGUGUUAAUAUAGUAGUUUUUUCAAUUAAAUAGAGUAAAAGCUUCAAUCAGAGAGAUUGUCCCCCUCCAAUAAAUGAUU